UCGUCAUUGUUAUUUUGUAUGAUUCACAGUAAAUUACGCGUCGUAAUAGUGUAAACGCUUAUUUGUCUUCUAUAUUUCGUUGUGUUUGCAAUGUCAAAAGGAAACAAACCAUAUUAUGAUAUUAAAGAUGCACCUGAACUAUUUGGGAAAUUUACAAAGGAUUACAACCGAAACUACAAGGAUGAAGCAGACAGACAAGAGCAUUUCCAAGCAUUCAUCAAAACUCUGAAAAGUAUAAACAAAGCAAAUGCAGAGUCCUCGCAUGCUACAUUUGAUAUAAAUAAAUUUGCUGAUUAUACACCAGAGGAACGAAAAAAUAUGGUCGGUUUGAAUUUACGUGAAGAAGAAAAGUAAUCAGCCUAUUGCUAUUUUAUUUACUGAAGAGAUUUACACCAACAAUUUUUUGUUUCGUGUUUAAAGUAAAAGAUCUUUAGACAUUAAAUAUUUCUAUAUCCUUUUAUUCAUUGAAUUCAUUAACUCUUUUACAAAUAAAUAAUAAUAAACACAAA